CUCAUUCACACAUUCUGACCGGCAGCAUGGACGACGACGACCACAACACUAUUCCGUUUUCCCUAGACGACCUUGUGUCUCCAGAAAACGUCGAGUUCGACAUGAUGAAGAGAGUGUUCUUUUGGGAUGGACCCAUCCGUGCUUCUCUCCUGGAGCACGGAUACACACUGAACACAUUCGAAAACCUCGACACGAUCCAUCAGUCUGAACCAGAGGAUCGCGUCUGCUUUACGUCUCCCACGUUUUCAUGUUCCCCCGGUUUUCCUGCCGACCAACGAUUCGCCUUCAUUGAGAGUCCCGGACCGGAGUACGAGGGUAUCGAUCGAAUGGAGGAAAAGCCGUACAUGGCGCGAUCGUCUGGGAAAGUGUUCUUCGGCCAAGAGACCGCUUGCCACGAGCACCACGUUGCGUUCAAGCUUGUGCGCGACGGCAGUCCUGAGCACAGGGCUCUGAAGCUGCUCAGUAUGCACAAAGUGAUACGAGGCCUGGUCCCUGUCCUGGAGAUUCUUCCGUUCCGAGGGCAUUGGGUCGCAGUGAUGCCCCGCUGGGAUGAAGGGGUUGUUUCAAGGAACCUUUGGCCAAAGACCGUUCGACAGACUUUGGACCUCUUUGAGGACCUUCUUUCGGGACUUUCCUUCCUUCACGAACACCGCAUUGUUCACCGGGACAUCGGCGGGUUCUUCAACAUCCUCAUCAACCACCUUGCUUGUCGGCACUACAAACAUGACAUCCCCUCCCGCCGUGCUAUGCUUGCCAACAACCAGAUCAAAACGGCACUUUUUGACUACAACUUAUUCUACUACGGGAAGCCAACGCCGCCGGUUGAUAUCUGUCUGGGAGAAUAUCAAUUCAACCCUUUCGCGUUGGACGUUUACUCCCUCGGGAGUGAUUUUAAAGCAUUGUUUCAUCACUUCACACCCAUCGCUCCUCUGCUGGCUCCUGUGAUUGACGGCAUGGUCCAUUGGCGCGCUGCAUCCCGUCUCACGGCUUCUGAAGCACUCAAACUUCUGCGCUCAAUGCGACAAGAGUAUGAUUCCGAAGUGGGUGAUCUCCCUACUCCUGCGCGGGACCAUUCCCAUGGAAGACGCAAAAUUGAUUUAUGGCAUGACCUGCCGCCCAAGUUUGUCAAACGUUGGAAACAUCUACGAACGCCCCCACAGCCAAUGAUCCGUCAUCUUAUGGCUCGUCUGUGCUCGCCAUGGUAUGUCGCAGGUUUCGUUCGGUUACUCUUCGACAAUGGUAAAGUCCUUGCGUUCAAUUCUUUCAUCUGCCUUGACCCAAACGCUGGCCGGUUGAACUACUUCUUCUGCGGCCGACAAGACGACCCGGAUUAUAACUCGAGUCCCGGCCGGGAGAGUCUUGCGCAAGACUUUCUUAUCGGGUGCUUGAUAAUAUAA